UGCACAUCUGCCAGGAUUGUAGCAAAAAAGGGUCCCAAACCGGAGAAACAGCAUGUUGGUCAGUGUGUAAGUUAUCUUGCAAUGUGAUCAAUGGAAAACAAGCAGGACCUCACAUCUCAAAGUCUCUCAAACAUUGUCACCGAAGGUCUUAAAAGCUGAACUCAUAUCUAAAAAUAAAGAAGAAUCAUGGGUUGUGGAGGCUCUAGGACAGACGCUUUGGAACCACGGUACCUGGAAAGCUGGACCAAAGAGACAGAAUCUACUUGGCUGACCAGCACAGAUACAGACAUUCCACUGUCUUCAAUCCACCACAUCCCCUCAGAGACCUCUUCUGCGGUUGUGUUUGCAUCAGAGAAAACAGACAACUCUGAUAUAUUCGACGAUGGCCUGCCAGCUCCUGCUCAAGCGUACCUGAAGGUUUGUUCUGCAAUGUCUGAGGUGAGACUGAAUGAUGUGAAAGGUGGUGGUCCUCACACUAUACUGGCCUCUCAAGAACAGGAGGGUCUGCCCUCCUCACCAGGCACCACAGUGCAGAGGAGAAGUGUUGUUCGCACUGAAGAGAUUUGGCAAGACAGCAGGAUGUCCACUAAGCAGGUGACCAUCACUGUAACUCAGAGUAUUCGUCAAGUGGACAAGAGCGGAAAGAUCAAAGAAAAAUCCCACACUACUUAUGAGAUCAUGAAACCUCGGGACUGUUUGAAGGAAGCAGAAGCAGACUCUGUUCUGAAGUGA